AUGAUUCACGAUGCUUGUGGACAUACAAAUGUGGAGAAUAAUACGAAUUCUUCAGAGGGUAAUGAAGAGCCAAAUAUCCAUGCAACAAAGUUCUACAAACUAUUAAAAGAUGCUCAGACAGAACUUUAUCCUGGUUGCACAAAAGUCUCAAAGUUGUCUUUUAUUGUUAAAUUACUUCACUUGAAGUGUCUUAAUCAUUGGAGCAACAAAUCGAUGGAUGAGUUAUUAAUCUUCUUUAAAGAAGUUCUUCCCGAUGGGUCAUUUGUGCCUACCUCUUUCUAUGAAGCAAAGAAAGUUCUUCGUGACCUAGGCUUGGGGUAUACCAAAAUAGAUGCAUGUCAGAAUGAUUGUAUUUUAUAUUGGCGCGAUUAUGCCAAUGCUCAAUCAUGUCCCAAGUGUGGUAAGUCUAGAUGGAAGUCACAGGAACACAAAAGCAAGAAAGUAGCUCAUAAGGUAUUGCAACAUUUUCCUAUCAAACCAAGGCUUCAAAGACUAUACAUGGCAAAAAAGACAUCAAAGAAAAUGAGGUGGCACAAGGAAGACAAUAUUGAUGAUGGUGUCAUGCGACAUCCGUCUGACUCAAUAGAAUGGAAAUCUUUCAAUGAGCGUCAUCCUACUUUUUCAGAUGAAUUAAGAAAUGUCCGAUUAGGUUUAGCAAGCGACGGAUUCCAACCUUAUGGAAAUAUGAGUACCAAUCAAAGCAUUUGGCCUGUCAUUCUAGUUACAUAUAAUUUGCCACCAUGGAAUUGCAUAAAGAGUUCAUACUUUAUGAUGACACUUCUUAUUUCAAGCCCUAAGUCUCCUGGCAAUGAUUUUGAUGUAUACUUACAACCAAUGAUUGAAGAGUUGAAAGAAUUAUGGGAUGGGGUGGAGACUAAUGAUGCACACUCAAAAUCUAAUUUUCUUAUGUGUGUGGCUCUCAUGUGGACGAUUAAUGACUUUCCUGCAUAUGGGGACUUUUCUGGAUGGUCAACCAAAGGAAAGCUUGCAUGUCCUUGUUGCCAUAAAGAGACACAAUCGAUUUCCUUACGUAACAAGUUGUGUUAUAUGGGUCAUCGUCGUUUCCUUCCCACAAAUCAUCCAUGGCAUAGAAAUAGGGUGUUAUUUGAUGUGAAAGUGGAAAUGGGUGUCACACCUAGCCCUUUAACAGGUGAUGAAGCACUUAUACAGUUACAAAAUUUAGACAAUGUGAGUUUUAGUAAAGGACAAAAGAGAAAGCAUAAUGUUUCUGCCAAUGCUUAUAACUGGAGGAAGAAAAGUAUCUUUUUUCUUUUGCCUUACUGGAAGAGUCUUAGGUUAAGACAUAACCUAGAUGUGAUGCACAUAGAAAGAAAUGUGUCUGACAACAUUUUAUCAACUGUGAUGAGUAUUGUUGGAAAGACAAAAGACACAUUGAAAAGUAGAUAUGAUUUGGUGGACCUUGGUAUUAGGCAAGGGUUGCAUCCAAUUAAGGAUGGAGAUAAAAUUUUGUUACAGGUAGCAUGCUAUGCAUUGUCCCCUGAUGAGAAGUUCAAGCUAUGUGAUUUCUUAGCUAAUUCGAAGGUUCCAGAUGCCUUUUCAUCAAAUAUUUGA